AUGCUGUUCGCUACUCUCCUCACUCUCGCGUGCGCCGCCGCCACCCCCGUCCUCGUCGAGCGCGACGCCUCCGCCAACGUUGAGCGUGCGGACACUCUCGCCGCCGUCCAGCGCCGCGAGGCCAUGACCGACGCUGCCAUCAACUUCAAGGCCCGCGCCGAGGCGAGGCAGCACCAAGCCCUCCGCGAGCGCGAGGCCCAGCGCCCCCGCCCCAAGCAGAACGUCCGCUCCCCCGAGGAGGUCUGA